ACGUUUACCAUUAAAAUGUCAAACUUUAUGAUGACAACGUCAUAUUUGACAUAUUCACACCAGUGUUGCCAUAUUACAAAAACUAAGUAGCAACCCUCAUUUGCGCCAUCGACAAACAUAUUUUUUUUAUUCGAGAGUUGUGUAAAUUAUCCUUUUACAAUUUUCACUCAACAUUCUUUUUUAUGUUCAAUUGACGCAUAACCAUGUUACAGACAUCUGACUUUUUUCAUUUUUAUGUUAUGUCAACCAUUACCUUACAACCAUAUAUGUAAUACUCCUAUAUGGAUAGUUCGUAUGGGAAAAAACGUCCCUUUGUUACGAUGCCGAUAAAAUAAAAUUUUCCCCCUCGUUCGAGACACUUUAUCCAUACUGCGCAUGGUUGGGAAUGCGCAGAACUGAGCUGGAACCUCGGAGGUUAGAGAAAUCGUUGCCAUUCUGUCUUCCUUAGUCGGAACAGCUUCCACUUAUAAAAACUUUCCAUGUAGAUUACAUAUGUGCACACAAUGACGUGGAAAUUAUAUUUCCUGAGUUUCCGACUCGAAAGUUAAAUCUAUAAAAUUGACAAUUGGCUAGUCUAACUCGCAAAUAAAACAUACAAGUCCGAAAGCCUUUGAAAAAGGAGAAGUAAAAUUUCACAUUAUUAGUUUGGUAAAAAUGUAAAAGGCUUCGUUUAGUGUUCACAAAUACAAGAUAACAAUACAAAACAACCGGCAAAUUGAUGGAAAUAAUGACGAAAAUUAUAAAGACAAUCGUAGAAUUUCCAAAUUCAUAUGGUUAAGUUAAUAUUUGAUUCUUAUUAAUGUCAAAAUUUCCACAUUUGUGUUGUCAAUCAAAAAUUGUAAGUAUGAUCGAAAAAGUACCGAUUCUCCAAGAAAAAUUCAACUUUAGCAGGCUUGUGCAAGUAUCUUAUAAGCUUCAUAACAUAACAACGGAAGUUAUGUGACAUUCAUAAUUAUUCGUUUCAGGUAAAAAAAUUCUACAUUUACAUGAAAACGGCUAGUUUGGUUCUAAUACAUUAAUAUGUCGAUUGGUACAUUUUUACCAUCUUUAUCAAGUAAAACUAUACAGCAACGUAGACGUCUGUUUUACUGGAUUAACUUACAAUUUAAUGCUUUGGAUACUGAUCGUAAAAAGAACUAUGGACCUGAUAGAACGUGUGCAGAGUGGAUUUUGAGGAAUGGUGGUGUUGUAAAAUUUGUGAAUUUCACAGAAUAUACCAAAGACUAUAACGAUCUACCUCCCGAAGGUACAAUUGUUCGUCUAAAAGAAAUAGAUGCCUCACAUACAAGUAUUAUGCAUGCAGGUUUCGAACACUUUAAUGGUUGCAAGAAUAUCGAUACUUUAAUUCUUCACAAAUGUGCUUACGUUGAUGAUAAAGCUUUAGUAUUGUUACAUCAUCUUAAAGAUUCAUUAUCAAAAUUACAAGUUAGUUGCUGUCCUAAUGUUACAGAUAAAGGAGUGUUGAGCUUAACCAAUUUAAAACAAUUGACAAAUCUGUAUUUAUGUGAACUCCAGGCUGCAAAGAAAAUGAAAGAAAAUAUUGAAACAUUAAAAUCUAGUUUACCGAAUUGUAAAAUAGAAUGUACUCAGAAGUGAAAACAAUUUGUCUUGUACCAAAGAAUAAUAAUAAAAACUAUUUUCAGCUAUAACACUAGUUAUAGUAUAUAAUUAUCUAGUAUGAUCGUAGUCAAUUUUUUUGUAUAAAGGCCGUAAGUGGUCGCAUCAAGAUAUUUAUAAAACCAAAUUUCAAUUAAAGGAGACUUAAAAUAAAGACCCGAUUGGCGACUCUUUAUUGAUCCUCCUUAAUCAAAGUUGACGCCAAAAGGCUUAAAACUGCAUCUACAGUGGGGCACGGUGCUGGCUACGCGAAGUAGGUGGGCCACUCGAAUCUGCAGCUGGUUUAAUGAAGGAGCAGCUGCUAAAUUUCGACGCAGUAAAUGAGGUCCCCAUUCGGUAACGGAACCAGGCCACCGCAGUUACUCUCUCUUUACUCUGAGCGUCUACAAAAAUUCGCCUAGGCUAUAAAAAAGGGUGGAGGUUCGCUAUAGCAUUACCAAGACCUCCAUCUCUAUAAUUAGGAGGAAAGAGGAAGGUGGCUUCAAGGCUGUCCCCGCCAAGGACCCCCACGGAGAAACCAGACCGCCAGAAAAGGCUACUGCCAGCCAAACAGCCUCAGCCACCGAUGGGUGUUGUCUCUAGCGACUCCAGCAAGGGGAACUAACAACCGCUCAGUCCUCCCAGCAAGGAACCUCUCAUGGUAAGUCCUAUAAAAUUCCUACAGGUGAAUCUGCAGCACGGAAAGGCUUCAACUACCGUUCUGUGCAAGAGGCUUCCAGGUCUCUGUAACAGAGACCUAGCAGUGGUCAAGAUGUUCAUAGGAGCAAGGGGUGCGGAGGAUGGUCUGCUCAGCAUACUUACCUAUGGGACUUGAAUCCCCAUCCGAGGGCGUAAUUGCAGUCGCGAGGUACUGUAAAAGAAUGGGGCUUUCUCUUCUCAUAGACUGUGACUCCAACUCACACCAUGGCAUGUGGGGAAGCAAGAAUGAGAACCUUCAGGGGUGCUGCCGAACACACUUCCUGUGCACCACGGGCCUAGAAGUUAUUAGCCGAGGAAUUGUCCCCACGUACUUUUGCAAUCGAGGUCAGUCUGUGAUUGAUCCCAUCAUCUGCUCUAUGAAUACACAGAGACCGACCAAGUAACACCUGUCUUCAGAAACUCAAGGCUAACUAUCUGGGAACUCUUUCAAGGGGAGCUCAUUGGUCGCUUUGUAGAUAUGCCAGCAAGACUUAAUCCAACUGCCGACAUUGAGGUGACUGUUAAAAAAUGCGAUCACAGAGGCAUUCGAAGGUAGCUGUCCAAUCAGACGGAGACCUGAUAAUGCUUGGGACCCCAGGUGGAGCCAUUCUAUGGAGGAACCCCGGAAAACAGCACACAGGCUCUUGUGUACGGCUGAGCGUUCAAAACUCUUUGCUGACUGGGAUGCGUUCCACAACGCUUAAAGGCAGUAUAAAAAUUUCUUAGGGAUUUCAAGAGACAGAGCUGGAGGAAGUUCUGUGGGGGUAUCACUAAGAUAUCCCCGACGCCGCGCCUCUGCAGAGCUCUAGCCAGAAAUCAUACCAAUAAAGUAAGCACUACAUCUCUUCUGGAUAGCGUCUACGCAAAUUCCGAAUCAAUUAACGAUCAAUUGGCCAAUGCUCGACUUCAGAUUUACAUGGACAACUACACGGCCAAAAAGAUAAUACACUAUGUGGAGGUUGUUAAUUCUUUUCCCCCUUACAAAUCACUUAGAAUUAGAAUCCCGGCUGCAUAAUCUUCCGUCACGAGUUGUCUAAUCUUCUUGACAACCACGAUCACGAAUUGGCAUAUUGUAACAAAAGUUAAAAUUUUAUGGCGGGUAUUAAAUCACGAGUUGACUUACUCCCAAUAGUUUUGUUGCAAAAAUAAUGCCUAUAAGCUCUGUAGAGUUA